CCUUACUACUACGACGUCGACUCGAACUCUGCUGAAUAUAUGCUUACGUUGGAACAGAUAUCCUUUACAACUCUUCACGACCGAGUUCUCGCAUGUUGUGCUGAAUUGGGUCAAGUACUCUGGCCGUCGGCGUACCCCUUCCACUUCGUUCGUAGACGAUAAGCUUCCUCGAGGAAGGGCGGUAAACGUGACGAAAGCAACAUCCUCUUUUCCUCAACUUUUCGGCAUUUCAAUCUUACGCUCAUGAUAAGAUACGACACGCCUCGACGGGCAGGCGCAUUCCCAGGUCGUUGUUCUUCGCGGGCGUCCGUGUAACGAUAUCUACAGCGACAGCGCUGCUCACGGUGUCUUAGCGUUUAACGUUAACCUUCACACUCACCUGUACAGACUAUCAUCUCUGCUUGUUCUACUUGACGAUUCCUAUACUCACUCACGACGAUGGACUCGACGCUGACUGCUUCUAGCUCUACUGCGACGUAUGCUGCUGCAUCACUCGUACUCGGUGUGGCGAGUGUGGCGGGAUACCACUUUUACUCAAACAGACGUCGUCUCCCAGAUUAUCCGAAACUGACUGGUGUACCGAAUCCAAAGCCUCUACCCGACUUUGAUAUCACCACCGCAAAGCCUCGACCGUACAGACCCUUCAGAUGGGAUUACCAUCAGACAAUGUCAUUGAAGAAACUGGAACCCGAUUUCUGGCUCGAGCUCGAAUCGACCUACGUCGAACGUAUAGCGCAACGCAAAGCUCUUUACGCCCAACACGGCAAAAGCGUCAUCGACGUCCAACCGGGGACCUCAUCCUCCGACAACGCACUGAUGACCGAACGCGCCUGCGUCGAAAUUCUGCACAUGUCUAUCUCCUUCCUCUGCGCUCGCUACCCGGACCACUUCACCUAUUCUUCCUCGACGGGCGUACUGCACAACAAGAUCUUCGACCGGAGGUUCGACGUGCCGUUCGUGGGCGAUAAGUGGGGCGAGGGAGGCGUGAAGGCGUUGGAAGUGUUGUUGGAGAACGUGCCGGAGGAUUUCUUGAUCACGUUGCCGGAUGAGAAGACCGGUUUUUAUUUCUUGAGGGCGGGACUUUCGUGUUCGGCCAUGGGGUGGAACUUGCAUUUGAAGAUCGGGAAGCCUCUGAACGAGAUCCACACGCCCGUGCCGGACUACAAGGAGAAGAUGGAGUUCUCUAUGGAUAGGUAUUUCAGCAAAAUGCCCCUCGACAAACCCAUCCAACGCGGCUCCUGGGGCCUCGAAAUCGGCCAACCCCUCUUCUGCCAACCAGAUGACCCGCACAUGGCCCUCCGCUCAACCCAAUCCCCCACCCUAACGCCCUCCCAAAUCCACCUCCGCGUAGACUGGCAGACCCUGCGUCGUCUCCCCGCCUCGCGCGCCAUCGUCUUCAACUUCAAGGCCCUCUUUACCCCGAUGUCCGAGUUCAGAGACGAGCCGUAUAUUCCCGCGUUAUUGGUGAAGAUUAUGAAGGAGGGCAAGAAGAAUAUAUUGGAGUAUAAGGGGACGUGGCACGUGGAGCAUGUGGCGGUGCCGGUACUAGAGGAAUGGGCGAGGGAGCAGGAGGAGAAGGGACUGGUUGAGAAGGGGUGGAAGGUUAGGACUUUGGAUAACGAUCCGUAUUUUCCGGGUUGGGAGCGGAAAUGGAGAGUUUGA